AGCAAGAGCAUACAUACAAAAUGUAAAAUGCGUUGCGCUUGGUUGCGUACAUAAAUAAAUAUGUCGAUACUCUAACGGUAUGGUACGGUUGCGUGUAUGUUUGGUGUGCCUUCAUGAUUCAGUCUCGAAUUAAAAUACCCAAAAAAAAAAAUGUUAUAUAGGUAUUCAAAAUCGAAACUGAUGCACCUAGGUACACACACGUAACGUAUUGUUUGAAACAUGAAAGUCUCAAAGUCUGUUCGUGUCUGUACUCUGUGAGUAGUGUUCGUAAAUAUUUUCAUCGGAUUCUAUUAUUUCCCAAAAGACAUGGGGAAAACAAGCAAAGUGGUUAUUUGCGGGAUGAAAGGUGUUGGCAAAACCGCAAUCUUAGAGCAACUGAUUUACGGAAAUGUGAAUUUGAAAUCUUGUUUUUAUCCGACAAUAGAAGACAUUUACGUGGCUAACAUUGAAACCGAUCGGGGUAGUAAGGAGAGAGUCUGCUUCUACGAUACGGCAGGGCUGGAACCACCCAUCACAGGUCCACCACAAUCUCCGACACUGCAGCUCACAGCUAACCAAGUUCUUCAAAGACACUACAUCGGCUUCGCUGAAGGGUUUGUCAUGGUGUAUGACACUACGAAGCCGGAGUCUCUAGAUGUACUAAUGUAUUUGAAGAAGGAUAUAGAUAGAAAUAAGGAUAAGAAAGAGGUAGUAAUGUUAGUGAUCGGCAAUCGAACCGGCCCGGACGACCCCAACAGCCUUGAGAACACCUGCUCCAAAGCGUCCAGCUGGUGCUCGCGGGAGAAAAUCCGCCAUUUUGAAGUGUCAGCCAUGGACCGACCUUCCUUGUACGAGCCGUUCAUCUAUCUGACGUCACGCCUCAAUCCAGUGCAGAACAAGACCGCUUUCCCCCAACUGAGCACAUUGAGCAAGCUGACGCAGAAGAACAACAGGAGCGACGCUAUGUAACAGUUACUUCCUUGGCGCGACGACGCACGUGAUGUGUUGAAGGCGAGGCGUAUGAAACGGAACGUUUAUUAACUACCCAAGAUGGCGACUGUGGUUUAUGGUUUGUUUAUCAGUGCCAUUAGAAUUUAACGAAAUACUCCAUAAUCCGAAUUUUGCGGAUAUGUGUUGUCGACUCGAAAUCAAUAUUUUUUUAUGUUUUGUUAUUCAUAUAAGGUUUCGAUCGAGUCUACCGUACCCCUUGACGAAAUUAUUAAUAUAGAAAUGCAAUUUUAACUAUAAGGUUCCUUUUAAUUAAACAUUUACGAAAAGUAUUUAUUAAACUUAAUUUAUAAAAACAAAAAGUAUGCAUCUUAUAAGUAUUUUUCAAGUUAUAUCAAAAUCAAGUGAAUGUAUAGUUUUACCCGCUUUGCCCGUAGGCAGUGCCCAAAGCAGGUAUGCUGUCUGGGCAAAGCGAGUAUGCGAAAAUAAUAUCUUAUUCUAGGAAACUUUGGCAGCAAAUCAAAAAGGUAACUCAUAUCGUGCGCAUACCUGACAAUUUUACAAUCAAACCUGACAACUUAACUUUGGUUCAUUGGACAUAUUUAACGUUAGCAGUAAACUAUCAAAAGUAGAACACAAGUUAUAAAUUAACAGAAGAUAUUUAAAUUUAACUUUGCUUCUCUAACAUUAAUCUUAAACAUAGUAUAUAAUCAAAUCAACAAUUGUUGUAAACUCUCAAAAAGUAUAAAACGUAUUUUUUCCCCUAUAACUAAUAUAAUACUUUUUUAUAAUUAUGUAGUCGAGAUCUUUUUAGUCAUCUAGUGCACAAAAUAACAUAUUAAAAGUAAUUGAGAUCUUUUCAGUCAUUUACUAAUAAUAGCAUCAUCUUGAAAUUUAUUUUUUUACGUAGUUAAAGGCACAGAUCACAGUAGUAGGCUCCGAUGCCAGAAUAGCCUGUGCACGCCUCAUGCACCCAAGACUGACAGUCAUCACAUUUGAUCCAAUCUUCAUCGGGAGGGUCUGUGUACUUUUGCUGACAUAAGAAACAUACUUCGUCUUCUUCAGAGGCUUGUUUUGGUCCUGUUGUCGUUUUGCGGCUUGGCACAGUCUUCUUUUUACCUGAAGUGGAUGCCGUCGCUUUUUUGUUUCCUUUCUUGGUUGAUAUAUUUUUUGAUAUCUUUUUCUGCAAUUUUUUCAUUGGAACUUUCUGCUUCUUCAACUCAAUUUCUCGUUGCUGCUCCUUUAUGGGAGUGCUGGUUAAAAUUUCAGCCUUUUGCAAUUUUCUUUUACGUGAUGUUUUAGGAGCAGUUUGUUUAGGUGUUGGCCGAAUGUCCAUUGGGGUAACCUUUUUUGUUUUAGCUUGAUCAGGAUUAAUCGUUGAAGCUGAUUGUUUACUAAAAGCUUCAUCAACAGGUGCAGACUUCUCAUUAAAAUCCUCAAUAAUUUGAUCUAAUACUGAAGGUGAAACUGUGCGAUCGGAGUCUAUAGAACCACGUGGAUGAGUGUGAUAAGAAGGAAUUAGUGGAAAUUCGAUGGGUAUCUCGGAUUCGGAGUUUUGAUGGAGUGCAUCAGGUUCAACAACACUGGGUAUGACAUCAACAAUCUGAAGAACUUCAGAAGCUGUAAGCGCAGAAGUUGAAAUAUCAGAUACAUUUGGUGCUUCUGGUCUGUCAGUCAUUGUUGCAGGAAGAUAGUCAUCGUCAGUGAAUAUAAACCGGUUUGUUGGCCAAAUGCCAGUUGACUUGAAUCCUUUCACUGCAUUUUGAGGACUUGCUGCUUUCAAGUAUGCUUCUCCAAAUAACUUGGCUACGUCGUAUUGCGAGAUGAUUCGCCCCACAUGAUUUCGUUGAAAAACAGAAACUGCUUGUUCAAAAUAAGUUUUCAGUGGGCCGUAGAUGCAUCUGUCUAACGGCUGUGUCUGGUGAGUGGUACGUGGAGCCAAUGAAAUGAAGAUCACGUGGUUUUUUGAAGCAUAAUCCAGAGCUGGCAAAUAUUUGUGUGAGGAAUGAUUGUCCAAUAUAAGAAUAACUUUCUUUUCUUGAGUUGGUCUUGUCAUUGCCACGAAAUGUCGCAGCCAAUCCAAGAAAGUUGGACCAGAAAUCCAUCCAUUAUCAGUACAAACGGCUUCAGUGCCUGGUGGUGAUCCAUCCAACAGUCGUUCCUGCAUGCGUUUUCGUCCAAAUAUCAUAAACGGUGGUAUAAAACCGCCAGCUGCAUUGCAACAGCAUACGAUUGUUGUCAAUUUUCCUCUUUCGACACUAGAUAUGACUCCUACUUGCUUUUUGCCUGUUUUUGAGAGAACUUUUGGAGGCUUGUUGCUGGUUGUUUGGAUGCCCGUUUCGUCAACAUUAUAAAUUCUCGUAGCAUCUACUUUGUGUUUGUCAAUCUGCUCUUCUAGGAGAUUGAAGAAUCUUUCCACCUGUGGCCUAUUAAAUCCUCGGGCACGAGCUACUGAGGUCGGUUCGGGUUGUCUCAAUGUAACUUCAGGAUGUCUGAUUCUAAAACUUUUGUACCAAUCAUCUCCUGCAGUAUUUUGUUUGAAUAGAUGAGGUAUAUUAUUGGCUGUUGCAUACUCGAAAGCCAGACGGCAAAAUUCUUGUUUGUUCAGGCCAUAAAACAAGUUGUCCAUGUGAAAUAAAUAUUCAAUUAAUUCUGUUUCUUGUUCUUCUGUAAAAACGCAACGAAAUCGGCCAAGACUUUUUUCCGCAGAACCUUUUUUAAUAUGUCUUUGUAGAGUUGACAAAUUAAUACCAUAUCUUUUAGCAGCAUUCCUGACUGAUGUUUUUCCUGCCUCUUCCAUUGCUAGCUUCAUGGUUGUAACAUCCCACGAUGCCUGUUGAGUUUUUCUUUUGUAUUUCUGAACCAUCUGGAAAGGAAAUAAAAGUAAUAAUUUAUAUUAUUAAAUAUAGGGCAAAACGGGUAGGGGCAAAUCAGGUACCCGUUUUACCCCUACCCUCUUUGCCUAAAAACACGUUUUAAAUGUUCGACAACAUAACCUGAAAGCCUUAAUCGAUAAUGAAACAGUUUAUUAGGAAUUCAAAGCUAAAUUCAUGAACAAAAACACAUGCAAACUUACAAAAAGACUAUUCAAGCCACAAUAGAAUAAUUCGAGUUCACAUACCUUGAUAUUUUUUAACAAAAUCUCCGAAAAACAACUUUUGUCACUCCCACAAAAACUACGCGACUCCGGCGCCUCGGCCAAACUGACGCUUGUUGGGAUUUGUUCGGGUGUUCCCGCACACUUUUGCUUUUGCUAUAAUUCAUUGAACAUAUUGACAAUCGCGCUGACCUGCUUUGGACCAUGUACCCGCUUUGGGCCCCCUUCCGUGUAAUCAGGACUAUUUGUAUCGAAUGCGUAAAGACGGCAUCGCUUAAACCCAUUUUUUUAUAUUGUCAGCCAUGUUAGGUGGCUGUAAUGUUUCAUUUAAUAAUGUGCAAAAUUUUGUGUUCGUGAUAGAACAAGAAAAUAAAAAAUCUUGUUUAACCCUUUACACCCGAGAGAUGAAAUUCUUUUAAAUACUGUUAAAAUGUGGUAUAUUCGUUUUGUUAGCAUUCAUAACAGAUAGGAAAAAUAAUGAAAAAAAUCCUGUUGGUGCUGGUCUCCCACAAUCAGACCCUCACGAUCGUGAGCUUCAGGAAUUAAAUGUAAGUCGCACGAUCGUGAGUCUGUGUCAUCUUCGCAUUGUAUCUGAGCUGAAUUAUGAAAAUAAAACAAGUUUCUGAGAUAUACUCUUUAUUUAUAGUAAAAAAAUAUAAAAAAUUAAUUUUUUAGUAAUAAUUUGUACUAUACCAAGUAUUUAUUCUUAUAACAUAAAUUUUAAAGAGAUCAACCGUUACAGUUUCGGAACUAUAUUUAGUAACAUUAAUUAGCCUUAUUAAUAAGUAGAAACCGGGCCCAGGGCUCCGAAAUUUCUUGGUUGAGGAUGCAACCGACAAAUAAGCUUUCAAAAAAAUUAGAGACAGAGAAAAUCAGUCUACUUCUUAUGAUAAGUCUUAAAACAAUUUUUGUCACGAGACAAACACAAAUAAACAUCACAUUUCUCGCAUUUUAUUUUAGAUCGACUGUUAUAGUCUUCUAAUCUGCAAGAUCUCGGCGCUUUUAUAUCAUCACUAAUAGGGUAAUGUUCAUAGCCAUCAUAUCUUUUUGAUUCCGUGGGUGCUAAUGAUGGCCUAUAUAUUUUAUAAUCCCGACGAGGUACUCGAGCAGUUAUAUCUUCGUCGCAAUCUUCUCUUGGUCUACGAUCGGGUAAAGAUGAUAAACUGUUAGCAACAUCCAUGCGGAAGUCAAGAAGUGGCAUUGUGUCUUUUCUGGGAAAUUUAUUUGCGACACAAUCGUUCUUGUAAAGCCUCCAAGAAUUAACGAUUGAGAGAUCUAAAAAGUGAAUCAAAACUUUUAUUGUCCAUUUUUUUGUCUUUAUAAAUGUUCUGUAAUAUUCCAUUUGUUGGUCGAGUACAUCAACACCACCCAUGUGUUGAUUGCAAUUAGUGACAAUUUUUGGAGCUGCAACAUCGACGUAAACUUUAUUUUUUCUGUCCCAUCUUUUAACGUUUGAUUCAUCUUCAGCUGCAGUACAGUUUGACGCUAGUAGUACAGAUUUAUUAUCUUUCCAUUUUAUUAAUGCGGUAGGAUGACAUGUAAAUUGCUGCGACUCACCGCGAUGCAUGUCUUUAUCAUUUUUAAAUUUAAUUGUUGCUCGUUCCGGUAUUCUGUUCUGCAUUAUUGUACCCGUUGAAUGCAAACCUAGCUUUUCCAUUUCCUCAACUAACGGAAUAGUUGUAAAAUACCGGUCGUGGUAAAUACAGCUACCAGGGGGAACACUUUUAACUAGGUGUAAGAUAACAGAUGGGCCAAGACCGAGAUUUGACUCACCAAAAGUUGUCUUGGCACCUUUAUAUAUGUCAAAGUCUAACAUUAAUCCAUCAGAUGUGGUAAGAACAAAAUUUUUUAGACCAACAGGCCGGGGUUUAUUUUGUACUACUUGGCGUAACUUACAGCGUCCUGUGAAGGGUAUCAUUUGUUCGUCCACAGAAUAGAAGCCCGGAACCCUUUCCAGUUUAUUACAAGUUUCUUUUACCUUGUUCACCAUGGGCUGCACUUUCCAAAGCGGAUUUUCCCUUUCCUCUGCAGUUGGAGAAUCAGAAUUAACCACAUGAAGUGCGUUACGAACUAUAAGAAACCUGUCUCUUGUCAUCAGGUCACCAAUAAGAGCUAAUCUAGUACCAGCUCUCCAAUACCAUGGUACUCGGGGGUAGGGAAUGCAGCCCAUGUAGAUAUGUAUUGCAAAUAAUUUAGCAAUUUCCACGGCCGUACAUUUGAGUUCACGACCCGUUGAGCGAAAGUGGUAUAAGUUAGUGCAUUCUGAAAUCUUUUCUAAAAACUCAAAGUCAAAAUAGUCGUUAAAAUAUUCAAUGGGACGUCUUACCGGCUUUAUUGGCAAGGUCGGAUAGUCAUGGGUCUUUUCUGAAAAAGCAGUUUGCCUCCAUAUUCUCUGCCUUGAAACCCUAGGUAUUGAUUGUGAUCUUCUUUUACGGGUAGACGAUUUACGACUUGUAGGGGAUCUUGAUCUAUCGUUCGGGACAGAUGUUGAACGAGAUGGUCUUUGACUUGAAGUUCUUGAUUUUCGAAAAGAAGCCCUCGAUGUUAACGCAGAAGGUGACUCAGUCGGUAGUUCUGGUGGCGGCAUCGACAUGCAUGGUUCAUCGUCGAUAAUUUCGUCACCUUGCUUCUCUUCAUGUACAUUUUCUGCAGCAGUUUCUCGAAAUAGAAAGUCUGAAUUGAAUUCUACGUCGUCAUCGUCCAAAUCUUCGAUUUCUGAGAGAUUUCCGCGUUCUAGUAAGUCACAGAUGCUCUCCUCCGUAAGAGGGUGUCCUAAAACAAUAAAAUAAAAUAUUUUUAUAAUACAAAACCCAAAGAAAACAACUGAAUUUCUCAUACCUACACUUUGUGUUAAGUUCACAUACUACAACCGAUAUGCUACGAUCGUGCGAGUUUAAAUUUGGGAGGUUAUUUUUCGCAAAAUAUAACACUAAUGUAAUAAAAACAUAUGACUGAUUGUCAAUCAACUAAUAAUGAUGCUAUAUAAAUAAAAAAGAGUCUCGAUAUUUCGUUAUUUAUAAGGGGUACUUACCGGCGCGGGCGUGCUUGUCAAAAAACGCGGCCAUCCUUCGCACUCUUUCUCGACGACUGACGAGUCCCAACGUGUUUCUAUCCCCCUAAGGUAUAUUUUUCUGUACUCUCAAAUAGACUCACAACCGAUCGACGUCGGUUGCGUUCGCAAAAAUUGUUUUGGUCACAGUGUAGAAUUUUUCAAAGUCAAAACUCACGAUUGUAUGUAUGAUCUCGAGUGUAAGAGCUCGUUCCCACCUGUCGGCUAUCGGAUCCGUAUAUUAAUCGGAUGUCGGCGCCUUUGUUCACACACACGAUCGGUUGUCGGCCACGGUCGAAGCUAGUGCCAAUUUCAAGCACUCUACGCGAGGCGAUUGUGCACGAUGGACGUCGACGAAGCUCUUGUUGUGAUGUAUUAUUAUUUGAGAAGAAAACGAAGAAAGACAGCCAAGGAAAGAAAAUAUUGGGUGCACCCAAUCCUGAGAGAAAGAUUUAGUUUGGGAACAUUUCAGAAUUUAAUAACAGAAUUGAGGAGUGACGAAAUUAAGUUUUUCAAUUAUUUUAGAAUGUCGAUAACUACAUUCAACCAUCUAUUGGCUCAAAUAUCAGUGAGCAUAAACUACCAAAAUACGAGAUUUAGAGACUGCAUUUGUACUGAAGAAAGGUUGGCGAUAUUUUUAAGGUAAUAUAAUUAUACAUAUUAAUUUGUAUAAAGGAAGAGAUAAAACAGUCACUUUUAGUUCACAUAUAUUUAUUGAAAGAAAUAACUUUAAUUUUUUUUAAUUACGAAAACAAAUUAGUGGAGUUAAAUAUUACUAAAAUCUAAGUCCGAAUCUUGAGUAUUACUUGAAUGUAGUGACAAAGUAGGUGAUGCUGGUUCAACGAGUUGGCGUGUCGAAUAUCCAUAUCCACUUGAAGGGAAGAUAUUAUUCUGGUUUAAUGGUGGGUGCACAUUCUGGUUUUGUGACGAAUAUACAGAUUGUUGCACGUGAUCUCUUGAUUGUGAAUGCCAACCAUAGUUUGAUGAGUAUAAACGACUUUCACGCUGCUUUUUAAUAUUUUGAAUCAGUGACAGCACGCCUGAUUGAAACUCUAAAGUUUCAUUAUCGUCAAAAGACGUAACGCUCGGUAGAACACCUUUAAAAAAAGAGAGCAUUGGAUGUUCGUUACUUCUGUCUGACUGUAGCCUGCUAUCUAAAAACUGGCUCAUUUUGUCAUCGAGACAGGAGGUUUUGGGCUUUUUGGAAGUGCUUGGUAAUAGCAGCUCUGAAUUUAUAUCUGUUGUAUUGGCCGCUGAUGCCUCGGGACAUGUAUCUGUUGGACGCUUCUUGACAGAAUCAUGAGUUCGAUUAGGCUCAGCCACUUUUUGCAGAAAACUCAUCUGUUCUUUAUAUAUAUAUGGCUUUGAAAACUUAGCCCCUGCUCCGGAUUUUUUGACGUCAUUUUUAUUUGCUCGCAUCCAGGCAUCUCGUAGAUUCGACCACUUUGUAGAUACUAAUUUACCUGCAAUUACAAUAGGUACAUAUAGAAAUGUUAAUUAUUUUACCUACUUAAUUAUUUUACAGAUAUUGCGCAUCGGGUUGUUCCUUCAAAGAAUUGCACUAUAGUUACAGAGUUGGUGUGUCAACUAUUAGUAAAAUCUGCAAAGAAAUUAGUUCCACUAUCUGGGAUGUAUUAAGAGACGAGUUCAUGCAAAUUCCUGAUAAUGAGCGUAAAUGGUUGGAAAUUGCAAAAGGUUUUGAUAUGAAAGCCAACUUUCCGCACUGUCUUGGAGCAGUUGAUGGUAAGCACAUAAGAGUGGUGAAACCAAACAAUACUGGCUCGAUGUAUUUUAAUUACAAAGAUUAUUUUUCAUUUGUUUUACUAGCCGUUGUUGAUUCAGAAUAUCGUUUUAUUUUUAUGAGUGUUGGCUCGUAUGGAAAAGAAUGCGAUUCUUCAAUAUUCAAGGAGUCAACUAUAUGGAAGAAACUGAAUGAUGGUAGUUUAAAUAUACCAAAACCAAGGCCUCUACAUGCAACACUUCAAAAUGAUAUGCCUUAUGUUCUCGUGGGCGAUGAGGCUUUCCCUCUGUCAACAAAUUUGUUAAGACCUUUUGGAGGCACUCAUUUAGACCACAUGAAAAAAAUAUUUAACUAUCGUUUAAGUCGGGCAAGAAUGUACGUUGAAUGCGCAUUCGGUAUUUUAGCCAAUAAAUGGAGAAUAUUUCAUCGGCCACUGGAUGUCCACCCAGACACGGCUAUCGAAAUUGUAAAAGCGUGUACAGUAUUACACAAUUUUGUAAGAGAAAAGGACGGUCUGAACUUUGAAGAUAUUCAUUAUGCGGCAGAAAAUCCGAUGCAAGAACAAGUACAACUGCAAAACUGUAAUCCACGUGGUGGUCCUAUUGCAAAUUAUAUACGGUCUGAAUUUGCAAACUACUUCGUUUCAACAAUAGGCUCGGUGCCUUGGCAACCAGAAGCGCAUGGUUAAUAUUUAUGUUUUGAAUUUUACGUAUAUUAUUAAAUAAAUAACUUCAAACACUUACCACA